GGCAGCACUGCCAGCAUCUCACGCUGUCAGCAGCACAACACACUCACAAUGAAAUGCAACACUCUUUUGUCUUCUCUGGUGCUGCUUUGGGCGCUGACUGAGAUUGUCUGGUGCAAAGAAGACAUUAAAGUGGAAGUUGGCUCGGGCAAGUUCACCAUUACUUGUAACGGGAAGAAGGAAGUUGUAUCGCCGACUGGAAAGUCUGUGGACUACUCUUUAAACAUCAAAGAUGAGAACUCCGGGGAGUACAAAUGUGCACAAGGAAAGGACGGCCUGAACCCGAAUGGCACAAGUAUCUUUGUGAAGUUUAGAUCCUGUGACAACUGCGUGGAGCUUGACAUGAUCUCCAUAGCAGGUCUCGUUGUUGGAGAUUUGAUGGCUACCAUCGUGCUCGGCGUGGCCGUGUACCAUGUUGCAUCCCAGACUCACACCGGCCUCAUUUCCACUCAACACAAAAGGUCUGAUAGAAAAUACCUCCUUCCAAUGGAGGGAAGGACCAGAGUCCAAAAUGAUGAUUACCAGGAGCUUCAAGGUGGCAAUAAAGAAAUAUACAACACACUCGCUGGCAAAUGAUUGCCCCAUUAAAAAAUAUAUAUGAAGUUGGCAUAAACCAGUGGUCAGCAAUUAAAAUGAAAGGAAAUUGAAAUAAUACAUCUCUAUCACAAG